AUGACACGGCCAAAUUUUACGGACGCUGCUGGAAGAGCCACAUCCGAGGGCUAUCAGUUAGAGAUCGGUGAGGCUGUGACUAUUUCUGGCCUUGAUGCGGGUAGGCAUUACUAUCCCCCGAAUUUUAUUCAGGAAUUGUGUUCCUACCUAUCCUUCUUUAAGCAAAACACACUGCAGCUUCACAUGAGCGACAAUCUAAAUAAUUACCCUCAACGCUAUUCGAAGGAACAAACCCUGAACCUCUACAGUGCAUUUCGCCCUUGGUCCGACAAUCCAGCCUUGGCGGGGUUGAGCCCUUUGAAGAAUGAAUCAUACUCGAGACAAGACUUGGAAGACAUGCAAAGGGCUUGUGCUGCUAGAGGAGUGACGAUUGUACCCGAAAUCGAGGCCCCAGGACAUGCGCUUUCUAUUGUCAAAUGGAAACCUCAGCUAGGACUCGAGGAUAUGAGCAUGCUCAAUAUUUCUCAUCCCGAGACAAUACCAGCUGUAAAGAUGAUCUGGUCCGCAUUCUUAUCCUGGUUUCACUCGAAGACGGUGCACAUUGGUGCUGAUGAAUACGACAAAAGACAUAUUCGAGACUACGCCCGAUUUGGAUCUAACGUGUCGAAGAAUGUGAUGCAACAGCAUUGGGCAAACUAUGAUGACAAUGCUUACUGGGACUUCAUCAAGAAUGGUUAUCAAGUCUUGAAUGCUUACAACUAUUUUUACAUUGUCAACAAAUGGUCGGCGACGUAUAUGCCACCCUUAUACAAGUCAAAGGCGUUUACUAGCAGUCCCAGCCAUGGCCAGUUUUCGCCCAACAUUUUUGACAUCACCAAUGUUGCCAACAAUCCGCCACGCAGUGACCCAAACGUGCAUGGGCACUUGUACGACAAAGUCAUGGAGAGCUUGCAAGCCUCAGCCCCUGGUCAAAAUUUGGAACGCAGAAUCAAGUCCAAGACGAGCACUAUAUUGGAUUACCGUUUUUUAGCAUCCACAUAUGAUCGAAACGAUGUAGAGGAUUAUUCAGGAAACAACUACCACGGCAAAAUUCAAGGCUAUGGCUGCCGAACUAUGAACGAAUCCAUUCAAUUCUCAGGCGAUUGUUGGAUCGAGACACCGCUAGGCAGCAAAGGACGCGAUUAUACAUUAAGCUUCUCAGUGAAACCGCAACAACGUCAAGGGAAGCUUUUUGAUGGUCCCGACUCAACACUGACAUUUGAUCAUCAAAAUCUUACAAUGAUCAGCGGCGGCAUUUUCUACAAGGUCAAUUAUACCUUGCCUCUUGAUACUUGGACAGAUGUCAAUAUUAGCCGGAAGAAUGAAAGAACAUUUCUUAGUGUAUCGGGCGGCAAGAAAAUUAAGUUUCUCACUAUCCUAGGCAUAUGGGGUCAAAGCAAAGAGAUAUUCAAAAGAUUGACAUCAAUGAAUGUGUACCAUGCGAAUUUUGUCUGGUAUAUCGCAGUGGUUACCUUGUCGGACCUGUUCAAAAUGACACACUUAUUUAAUGGGUUACGGAUAUUUUUUCGGCCGCUGCUAGUUGGGCUCUUUAACACCACCAUCUCCUGGAGCAUGAGAUGGCGCGUCUUGGUCCUGCAACAGUUCGUCUUCCUGACGUACACAAUCCCAGCGGCACCGUACCUCUUUUCACGCCCUUUCGUCACUGAAUACCUCCCCGUCUUUCCCAACCGCUCUGUCCGCGCACUUGUGUUCAAAGGCAAGGGAAAAGGAAACGGCCGCAAGCUGCGCCCGCUGCAUAUUGACAUUCACGGAGGCGCCUUUGUCGGCGGCCUGGCCGAACAAGAUGCACGCAUAUGUGAGAUGUGGGCAAAUGAAACGGGCGCCAUUGUUCUUAGUAUCACCUAUCGUUUUGCUCCCGAGCAUGUGUUCCCGGCGGCCAUCGACGAUGUUGAUGCGACCGUAAUAAUAAAUAAUAAGUUAGAUAAUAAAGACCUUAUUAUUAAUAAAGUAUUAGGUUCUAAGGUAAUUAAUCUAAGCAUAGAUAAUAAUAACCUAAAGGCUAAAUAUACUAGUAAUAAUAAUAAUAAGAUAUCUUUACUAGGAAGUAAAGACUAA